GGUCCCGGAUUAUUGUAGUACUUUCGUGUUCGGGGGGCCAAUUUGCACGAAUCAUUUCUGUUUGUAAAGCCCAACCAACUGAACCAACGUCUAUGCCCCAAAUCGUGCCGUCUUCUCAACCAACCCUUGAAUUGGGUGCAGUCAGAGAAACCACGUACUACUGUAUACAAUGCGGCGAUCCGCAGCCGCAGCCGAUAAAGCAAGAAAACUCGUCAAGACUACGACUAGUGCCCGUUCUUUAUCUUCCAAUUCCGCGUCACACCGUCCCUCUCCUCUCCCCAGAUUUCCUCUCUCUCCUCCUCCUCCUCCUACUAAUUCGUCGCCGUUGUCUCAACUUGCUCUUCGUUUCUUGACGUCUCUGCCCUCACCUUCUUCUGAUUCAAUGGCUCCUCCUCCGUCUUCUUCCCUCACUGUUGAUACCCUCAAUCCCAAGGUUUUGAAAUGUGAGUAUGCUGUCCGUGGUGAAAUUGUCACUCUGGCCCAGCAAUUGCAGCAAGAAUUACAAGAAAAUCCAGGUUCUCAUCCUUUUGAUGAGAUACUUUACUGCAAUAUUGGAAAUCCUCAAUCUCUCGGUCAGCAACCAAUUACUUUUUUCCGUGAGGUUCUUGCACUGUGUGACCAUCCAGCCAUUUUGGACAAAAGCGAGACACAAGGAUUAUUUAGUGCGGAUGCCAUUGAGCGAGCUUGGCAGAUCCUUGAUCAAAUUCCUGGAAGAGCAACUGGUGCAUAUAGUCACAGCCAGGGGAUUAAAGGAUUACGUGACACAAUUGCUGCUGGUAUUGAAGCCCGAGAUGGUUUUCCAGCUGAUCCGAACGAUAUUUUCUUGACUGAUGGUGCAAGUCCAGCGGUCCAUAUGAUGAUGCAGUUACUGACAAGAUCGGAGGAAGAUGGGAUUCUAUGUCCUAUUCCUCAGUACCCUCUUUACUCUGCUUCGAUUGCCCUCCAUGGUGGCACUCUUGUUCCUUACUAUCUCAAUGAAGCUACAGGGUGGGGAUUGGAGAUUCCUGAGCUUAAGAAGCAAUUGGAAGCUGCCAAGUCCAAGGGCAUCACUGUUAGGUCCUUGGUUGUGAUAAAUCCAGGCAACCCUACUGGUCAGGUUCUUGCUGAGGACAACCAGCGUGAAAUUGUGGAAUUUUGCAAGAAAGAAGGUCUUGUUCUUCUGGCAGAUGAAGUGUACCAGGAAAAUAUUUAUGUUCCUGACAAGAAGUUUCACUCAUUCAAGAAAAUCUCCCGAACUAUGGGGUAUGGGGAUAAGGACAUCUCAUUGGUAUCUUUUCAAUCAGUCUCUAAGGGGUAUUAUGGGGAGUGUGGCAAAAGAGGAGGUUACAUGGAGGUCACUGGUUUUAGUCCUGAGAUAAGGGAACAAAUAUACAAAGUAGCAUCUGUGAAUCUUUGUUCAAAUAUCUCUGGUCAAAUUCUUGCAAGCCUCGUAAUGAGCCCUCCCAAGGUUGGAGAUGAGUCAUACGAGUCGUAUUCUGCAGAGAAAGAUGGUAUCCUUUCAUCUUUAGCUAGGCGUGCAAAGACCUUAGAAGAUGCAUUCAACAGUUUAGAAGGGAUAACAUGUAACAAAGCAGAAGGUGCAAUGUAUCUCUUUCCCAGUAUUCACCUGCCUCAGAAAGCAAUAAAGGCAGCAGAAGCAGCAAAAACUGCUCCAGAUGCAUUCUAUUGCCGCCGCCUACUUAACGCCACUGGAAUUGUUGUUGUCCCAGGAUCUGGCUUUGGACAGGUUCCUGGAACGUGGCAUUUUAGGUGCACGAUUCUGCCUCAGGAGGACAAGAUUCCAGCCGUAGUCUCUCGUCUGACAGACUUCCAUAAAGGAUUCAUGGAUGAAUUUCGCGAUUGAAUGGUGUUUAUAUGCAUUUUUCAAAGCAAAUCUUGGGAGGGAUUAAAGAGAGUAUGCGUUCUUACUCAUGCUCAAGGAUGUUUCUUCUUGUUGGACUUUUAAGAAGGAUGUUUCUUGUUUCUCCCUUUGACCUUGGGAGUUUUCAUGUAGUGAAAGAGUUGCCAGAGGCCAAGUUUCUGUUUUUGGUUACAACAAAAUAAUUUCAUAAUUAUCCAGAUUCUUUGGAUUUUUCGUA